AUGGCCGAUCGGGGCGGCUCCGAGGCAGAGCCACAUCCGGCUGUAGCAAAGUGGCAUUCGGAUGCCCUUGCUAACCAUCUUGAUCUUUCGACCCGAGACCACCUCCCCUUGGUUGCGGAUCCUGACCAAGUCCUCGAGCCAAACCCAAGCGCAACUGCGAGACCAACCCUGAGGUCGUCCCACGAUGGGGGCUCGCGAAGGGUCGUUACCGGGCUGCCUCGCUCCCAGACAUUCGAGAGAAAGCUAUCCGAGCAAAGGGAACAUCUGGAGCCCGUUCCCCCCACCGCCGACGAGCGAAAAGCAGCAUCUGCGGAUGUGAGGAGCUUCGACUUGCGCAACGGCGCAGGGUAUUCUGAUCCGCGGUCGCAUGCUUCCGGACUCGUUGGCUCCCAUCUCGACCCUUAUGCCUCCGAGUCCGCCUAUCAUUCAGCUAGCGAGCAUGGCCAUUAUCAGCUUUCCAACCAGAGCCUGAAACCUGCGUUACUUGACUCGAUAACCCGACGUUGGGACGACCCCCCAACUGAUUCGUACUCCGUCUCUGAUGCCGCAUCCGUUACCGCCUCCCAGCACGAGGCCAUGAUUGCUGACGAGCUGGAGCGAAAGUGGAUCCUGAAUCUCAGCAUGCACUUUCGCGACCGAUCCAAGCGUGAAAAGUUCUUCGUCACGUACCGAGAAAAGGACCAUCUUUGGAGACGCGUCACCAUUUCUCUCGAUUACCGGAAUGCUCCACCCAACUCUCUCGAGUUCGAGCUGACACAAACCCGUUACCAGAGGGAAAAAAGUGCCAAGAUAUAUGAAGCCAUCAGGGAGAGUCUCUCCGACAUUCAGUUUUACGACACAGUGACCAAUCUGAAACUCCAGACGACUGAUGGUCGACUUCACGUUCAUGUAGUCGAAGACGGCAAUGAAAUCAUUCAUUAUCCCACGGCACAUCAAGUUUGCCACUUGAAUUGUAGACGAGUCCGUGAACGAGACCUCUUCUUCGAUGCGCACAUGUCUGGAUUCGUGUACAAAGUACGGGUCCAAGGCCGAACCCUGAUAAAAAAGGAGAUACCCAGUCCGGACACUAUCGAAGAGUUUUUGUACGAGGUGAAUGCCCUGAGUAGCCUCCGCUACUCCAGACACGUCGUUCAGCUCUACGGGCUUGUGGUUGACGACAAGGAACAAGUCAGGGGGCUUUUGAUCAGUUACGCGGAACAAGGAGCCCUGAUUGACAUUAUAUACGACAACUGCAAGGAGCGGAAUGUUGGAUUAUCCUGGCAGAAACGACAACGAUGGGCGAGGCAGAUAGUCGAGGGGCUGGCCGACAUUCACGAAUCCGGCUUCGUUCAAGGGGACUUCACCCUGUCCAACAUUGUGGUUGAUGCUUCUGACGAUGCAAAAAUCAUCGACAUCAACCGACGAGGCUGCCCAGUGGGAUGGGAGCCACCAGAAGCGUCGCCUCUUAUCGAAGCGCAUCAUCGGAUCACCAUGUACAUUGGAGUCAAGUCUGAUCUCUACCAACUCGGAAUGGUCCUGUGGGGAUUGGCCAUGUUGGAAGACGAACCCGAAACUCACGGGCGGCCGCUCAUGCUGGGGCCGGAAAUCAAUGUUCCCGACUGGUAUCGCCAAGUGACGGAGAUUUGUCUUAGCGUCGAUCCCAGAAUGCGACUCCAAGCAUCCGCGCUACUCGAAAUGUUUCCGCCCGAUACCGAAGAGCUUGCCGAGCCCGUGGUGGUUGACAACGAUGCGCAUUCGUCGGACGGGCACAGCAUAGGCAGCCUACCCGCUAGCCGGCCGUACAUGAUCCGGACAGUGGAGCCGGCUGGUGGAUGGCAGUACUCAAGCCAGCGGUACACGGCUCCGAGCCCAGACAUGUACGAGCCGUACUAUCAUCCGCGCGGCCGCUCACCUCCAAGCCCGCUGCCGAGCCACUUUGGCGGGUGCGAGUCUCCCCACAAAGUAUACAGCAGCACGUCCUGGGCCGCCAACAGAAGCGUCCGGCCGUCGUACAGCGACGUGGCAGAGGGCGACGCAAACCCUGACGGCAACGUGGCCGAAACCGUCUUACGCCCCGAGACGCCUCUGUCCCUGGGCAAGCACGACAUAGACUCGGCGGCUUAUAUUCCCGCCGAUGUCAAGCUGGAAGACAUCAGCCCCAAACGGAUGACAGCCUCUGCAGCGGACAAGAAGAGGUCCUUGGGAGACGGCCUGCAGAUGUUGUCCACGCCCAGAUUAUCUCGAAAGGACACGGUUGUUUACGCACCCGUGCGGAUAGGCAGUGCAGAGAAGGAGGCCGUGACCCACGAGGCCGGAGUCUUGACGGCAUUCUCGGCCAAGGACGUCGCUAUUCACGGCACGGACGGCUCACAGGCUUCGGAUUUGCAAGAGCUGAGGACCAGCGAUAGCGACUUUGACGGGGGUGUGUCUCUUGAAAGUGAAGUCGAUCAGAUGAGCAAGGAUGCGGCGGACCAUCCAGCACUAAUUGCGCAUCCGACAAGGGAUGAAGGGCUAAGCAGGAAAGAGAACUUGCUUGCGGCAGUUGCGCAAGGCAAAGGCACGAGCGUGGUCGUCGACUCUGAACAAAGCAUCGAGGAGGAGGAGACGCAUCAGAGCAACUCAUUACCAGCCAGCGCUACCAUGCGUCGUCGAGGCUACGAUUCCGCCGCCAGUGGCAACCCGGACACGAAAAACGGCGGCCUGCCGUACAUGCGCCAACAAUCGCUCCCAUUGUCCCUGGCGGGAAUUGGCUCCGGGGUAAAUUUCGAGCACGACGCAAAGGCGCACGGCGAGAGCAUAGCUGAUGAUGACUUGCAAAGCGCACUGGAGCGACCAGCGACAGUACAAGCGUUUACGGGCACGACAGUUUCGCAAAAGUUGAGAAUGAAAAUGAGAAACAUGGAUCACGAAUACAGCAAUUUCCGUUCAUCACAGGGAUAA